GUCGGCAUUUUGUUCCGACAGAGGGAGUCCGUCUGAGUGGCUCCUUUGAUCGCCGCGUCGGUCGCCCUCCGUGGCUUCUGCCCCUCUCCUCUCCCGAAUUGUUCUCGUAGCCCAGCCGGAUUUUAACCGCCGUUUCCAGCAGUGUCGGUGUGGAGCCGCCCGAAGGCGCGGCCCGGGGGAUGCUCUCGCCGUCGAAGCAGUCGCGUUUGCAGUGAGUUGGAGGAGCGGAGCCGCGGCCCGAAUCGCUGUCGUGUUUCUCCGCGGAGCGGUGAGGGACGGACGGGGCGCCGCCACCGACCGCCCGCUUCUCCUCGCUAACAAACACAGGCAGCGCUUGGGAGAUGUGAGGUUCGGACAGACGCCGCCGCCGCCGACACCGAGCGACCUGUGCACCCACGCGAGCCUCAGCCCAUCUUCAGCAUGAAUGGGGACAUGCCUCAUGUUCCCAUCACCACUCUCGCUGGGAUCGCUAGCCUCACCGACCUGUUGAACCAGCUGCCUUUGCCCUCUCCCCUUCCUGCCACCACCACGAAGAGCCUGUUGUACAAUGGGAGGAUCGCGGAGGACGUCACCUGCCUGCUGGGCUGCAGGGACGAGAGCCUGGUGGCCCAGCUGGCCCAGAGCCUCAGCCAGGUCUCCACCGAGCACAUAGAGCUGAAGGACAACCUGGGCAGCGAUGACCCCGAGGGCGAUGUCCCUGUGCUGCUGCAGACGGUGCUGUCCAGAAACCCCAACAUCUUCAGGGAGAAAAGUAUCAUGCAGCAGCCAAUGAUGCCACAGUACAAGAUGUCCCAGAAUUCCAUGCAUGGCAGCUCGGCGUCCACAAACUACCAGCAAACCACUAUCUCGCAUAGCCCUUCCAGUCGCUUUGUUCCACCCCAGACGAGUUCAGGCAGCAGGUUCCUGCCCCAGCAAAACAGUCCAGUUCCGAGCCCCUAUGCCCCCCAGAGCCCUGCCGGCUACAUGCAGUACCCCCACCUGCAUGGCUAUGGCCAGCACCAGCAGAUACAGCAAGUGGCCAGUCCCAUGGUGCCUGGUGGUAUGAGGAACAUCCACGACGGUAAGGUGUCAGGGCAGCUGUCAAGUAAUUCAGCCAAUCACCACGCAGACGGAGGCAGGCAUGGAUCCAAUGAAGACUACAUGAGCAUUGUCCACAGGCUGGGAGCAGAGGAGGGCGACCCCUCCAUGAGGAAUCCCUCUUUCCCCCUUCGCUCCCCACAGUCUGUGUGCUCCCCUGCGGGAAGUGACGGGACACCUAAAGCUGGGUCCCGCCCUCCGCUCAUCCUGCAGUCUCCGCCUCCCUAUGCCUCCCCCCGUGACGCGGCCCCUGACCUCUUACUUGACUCCCCUGAACGCAAGAAGAGGCAGAAGAAGUUGAGCAAAGAGGAGAAGGAGCAGGCGGACAAGGCGGCCAUGUACGAUAUCGUGAGCUCCCCCUCCAAGGACUCCACGAAGCUGACCCUGCGGCUGUCCCGUGUCAAGUCAUCUGAGCUGGACCCAUCGGGCGAGUUGCCGGCUGGCAUGGAGCCGGGCUUCGACCCGGAGGGAGAUGUGCCCGUCAACAGCUUGCCAUAUGGUGGGGCCCAGCUACUGCAUGCGCCCCAGGAGCCUGGAAGCCGAGCUGGAUCGGGUCAGUACCUGGCGGCAGGCGAGCCAACCAGCUACCUGCAGGCCCCACAGGUCCCUGCGCUGCCCAACGCUGGGGUGCUCCCAGCCAAGGAGCCCACUCACGGGGUAGCCAGCAGCACGCCCUAUGAUGAAGUGGAGAUGGAUGCACUGGCCGAAAUUGAGAGGAUAGAGCGCGAGUCGGCCAUUGAGCGGGAGCGCUGUUCCAAGGAGGUGCAGGACAAAGACAAACCUCUGAAGAAGCGGAAGCAAGAUUCUUACCCUCAGGAACCCGGGGCAGGUGGCACAGCAGGAUCCACGGGCGGCCCUGGAGUGGGAGGCGGGGGAAGUGCUGGGAACAAAAUGGCCCCGCAGGAGGCCUGCGCUGCCGGCAACGGGGCUAGCCGGCCUGCCUUGAUGGUGAGCAUCGACCUGCUGCAGGCUAGGCGGGGCGAGUCCCAGCUGGAUAUGUGCUUGGCAGCACCAACCCCGGCUUUUGAUGCCCAGAGGCUGCCUGAGGAACCCCGGGGGGGACCUGCUGCUGACAGGGCUGACCCCGGCGCCAUGCUCCAGCUCAAAUCUAGCCGGGAUUCUGGAAAGAGGAGGCCGGAUGGGGAGAUGCCGAAGGCUGUGGACGGGCGGCCUGAAAUCAUCAAGCAGCGGACGGAGACACCGAAGAAGGGGAGUGUGGAGACACCCCGGCCAAAAGACCAAGGCGAUACCACGAAACACAGACAGGACAGCCGGCGGGACACUCCUGGAAAGCUGCUGAAUGCCGACAAGCGGACAGAGCCCUCCAAACACAGGCACGACGGCAGGCUGGACACCCCCAAGGCCCGGCCUGAGGGCAGGGGGCCUGAAGCCCCUCGGCACAGGCCAGAGGAGCGCUCCGCCACGACUGAAUCCAUGAGGCGGGAUGGCACCGAGGGCCACCGUGGCAGCGGGAUCGGUGAUCCCACUCGCAUCCGGCGACCUGACACCCCUAAAUCCAGCAGGGGGGAGCCAGACUCUAGGCACGGGCGAGAUAGGGACCGGGAAAGGAAACAUGGAGAUGCUCGGGACCGGCGGUCCCCAGAGCAGCGGUCCCGGCCAGAUAGCCCACGUGUGAAAAGCGAUCCGGCCGGCUGGCCACAGCCAAGCUUUAAAUCUCCACUCCGGAAGGAGGAGAGGAGGCCCGGUGACAGUAGCAGGAGUCGCUCCGAGGGACACAGGCAACCGGACAGCAAGCCCGGGGAGUUCCCCUCUUAUCUCCUGGGGGGCAAGUCAAAAACUCUGGGUAACUUCGUUAUCCCGAAGAUCAAGCGAGACAAGGAUGGCAACGUGGUGUCAGAGCGGCGGCCCAGCGAGGCCUUGGGUGAGUGCCAGGCCAGAAUGGAGCGUGCGGAGCAGUUGCAGGACCUGCAGAAGGGUGCCAAGCCUGUGGUGGUGCUGCAGAAGCUGACGCUGGACGAGGUACAGCGCUUCAUCAGGGAGAAGGAGGACUGCAAUGCUAGGAGCUCCAAGUCUGGCAAGAGCAGGCACUACUUGGACAAGACUGGCAAGGGUGGCAUGGACCCAUCAAUCCUGCAGGAACUCCCCCCACACCUGUUGGCUGAAAUCGAGUCCACCAUGCCACUGUGUGAGAGGGUCAAAAUGAACAAGCGCAAGCGCAGCACUGCCAAUGACCGGCCCAAGUAUGCCGAGGUCAGCUCCGAGGACGACAGCGAAUGCACAACCGACUCUGCCCGUAAACGGCACAAGAAGGACCGCGACCGAACGUGGGAGUAUGAGGAGCGGGAGUCCCGGCGGAACAGCUGGGGCCAUGAGGGCCGCAGGGGGUCUGGCAGCCGCCAGCGGGAGCGCAGUCCAGAGGACUCGGACAAUGAGUCGCCCCCGCCCAGCCUGAGCGACUUGGCCAAAAAGAUGAAGAAGAAAGAGAAGCAGAAGAAGCGAAAGGCAUAUGAACCGAAGCUCACUCCAGAAGAAAUGAUGGAUUCCUCGACAUUCAAACGUUUCGCAGCAAGUGUGGAUAACAUCCUGGAGAACCUGGAGGAUGUGGACUUCACUGCUUUGGCAGAUGAUGAUGAGAUCCCUCAGGAAUUGCUGCUGGGGAAGCACCAGCUGAGUGAGCUGGGCAGCGAGUCAGCCAAGAUUAAGGCCAUGGGCAUCACCUACAGGCUCUCAUCGGAUAAACUGGUGAAGGUUUUGAAUAUUCUGGAGAAGAACAUCCAGGAUGGUGCCAAGCUCUCCACUAUGAUGAAUCUCGACAACGACAGCGAGGACGAGGAGCGCCUGUGGCGGGACUUGAUCAUGGAGCGAGUGACCAAGUCCGCCGAUGCCUGCCUCACAGCCCUCAACAUAAUGACGUCCUCACACAUGCCCAAGGCGGUCUACAUUGAGGAUGUCAUCGAGAGGGUGCUUCAGUACACCAAAUUCCACCUGCAGAACACAUUGUACCCCCAGUACGACCCCGUGUAUCGUGUGGACCCCCAUGGAGGUGGCAUGCUGAGCUCUAAGGCCAAGCGAGCCAAGUGCUCCACACACAAGCAGAGGGUCAUCGUCAUGCUGUACAACAAGGUGUGCGACAUAGUGAGCAACAUCUCUGAGCUGCUGGAGAUCCAGCUGCUGACAGACACCACCAUUCUGCAGGUGUCAUCUUUGGGAAUUACUCCAUUCUUUGUGGAGAACGUCAGUGAGCUGCAGCUUUGUGCCAUCAAGCUGGUGACCGCGGUGUUUUCUCGCUAUGAGAAGCACAGACAGCUGAUCCUGGAAGAGAUCUUCACAUCUCUGGCCAGGCUGCCCACUAGCAAACGCAGUCUCAGGAACUUCCGGCUGAACAGCAGCGACGUGGAUGGGGAGCCCAUGUACAUACAGAUGGUGACCGCUCUGGUGCUGCAGCUCAUCCAGUGUGUCGUCCACUUGCCUUGUGACAAGGACAACGGCAUGGAGGAUGAGUUUGACAAGAAGGUGGAUCAUGAUGUCCUAAUCACAAACUCCUACGAGACUGCCAUGAGGACUGCCCAGAACUUCCUGUCUGUCUUCCUUAAGAAGUGUGGGAGUAAACAAGGAGAAGAGGACUACCGGCCGCUCUUUGAGAACUUUGUGCAGGAUCUCCUGUCCACGGUGAACAAGCCCGAGUGGCCAGCAGCAGAGCUGCUGCUAAGCCUCCUGGGUCGGCUGCUGGUGCACCAGUUCAGCAACAAGCAGACGGAGAUGGCCCUGAGGGUGGCCUCACUGGACUACCUAGGCACGGUGGCCGCCCGGCUCCGCAAGGAUGCAGUCACCAGCAAGAUGGACCAGCGAUCGAUUGACCGCAUUCUCCAGGAGACCUCUGGGACUGAUGAGACCCAGCAGCUACAGAAGAGCUUGUUGGAAUACCUGCAGGCGAACAUGGAGACAGACCCAUCGCUUAUGUUCUCCCGGAAGUUCUACAUCGCGCAAUGGUUCCGGGAUACCACCACAGAGACCGAGAAAGCCAUGAAGACUCAGAACCAGAAGGAGGAUGACUCGUCUGAGGGGCCGCACCACGCUAAGGAGCUGGAGUCCACGGGGGAGAUCAUGCAGAAAGCGGAGGCACGCAAGAAGUUCCUGCGCUCUGUCAUCAAGACCAUACCCUCGCAGUUUAGCACUCUCAGGAUGAAUUCGGACACGGUGGACUACGACGACGCCUGCCUCAUCGUCCGCUAUCUGGCCUCCAUGAGGCCGUUCGCUCAGAGCUUCGAUAUUUAUUUGACGCAGAUCCUUCGUGUCCUGGGGGAGAGUGCCAUUGCUGUCAGGACCAAGGCUAUGAAAUGUCUGUCCGAAGUGGUAGCGGUGGAUCCUAGCAUUUUGGCUCGACUGGAUAUGCAGCGAGGCGUCCACGGCCGGCUGAUGGACAACUCGACCAGCGUGCGUGAGGCCGCCGUGGAGCUCUUGGGCCGCUUUGUCCUGAGCCGGCCCCAGCUCACUGAGCAGUACUACGACAUGCUCAUCGAGAGGAUCCUGGACACGGGCAUCAGCGUGAGGAAGAGGGUGAUCAAGAUCCUGAGGGACAUCUGCCUGGAACAGCCCACCUUCAGCAAGAUCACGGAGAUGUGUGUGAAGAUGAUCCGCAGGGUCAACGAUGAAGAGGGCAUUAAGAAACUGGUGAACGAAACUUUUCAGAAGCUGUGGUUCACGCCAACGCCCAACCACGACAAGGAGGCCAUGACUAGGAAGAUCCUCAACAUUACUGACGUGGUAUCAGCCUGCAAAGACACAGGUUACGACUGGUUUGAACAGCUUCUCCAAAACCUUCUGAAGUCAGAGGAAGAUGCCUCCUACAAACCGGCCAUGAAGGCCUGUGUGCAGUUGGUAGACAACCUGGUGGAGCACAUCCUCAAGUAUGAGGAGUCGCUAGCAGAUUCAGAGAACAGAGGUGUGAACUCCAACCGUCUGGUGGCAUGUAUCACCACUCUGUACCUGUUCAGUAAGAUCCGUGCCCAGCUGAUGGUGAAGCAUGCCAUGACCAUGCAGCCCUACCUCACCACCAAAUGCAACACUCAGAGCGACUUCAUGGUGAUCUGUAAUGUGGCCAAGAUCUUGGAGCUGGUUAUUCCACUGAUGGAGCACCCUAGCGAGACCUUCCUGGCCACCAUUGAGGAGGACUUGAUGAAGCUCACCAUCAAGUAUGGCAUGACGGUUGUCCAGCACUGUGUGAGCUGUCUUGGGGCCGUGGUCAACAAGGUCACUCACAACUACAAGUUUGUGUGGGCCUGCUUCAAUCGUUACUACGGUGUACUGACCAAGUUGAAGGCCCAGCACCAGGAGGACCCAAACAGCACGGUCCUGGUCUCCAACAAGCCCGCACUGCUACGCUCUCUCUUCACAGUGGGGGCGCUGUGCCGUCACUUUGACUUUGACCAGGAGGAGUUCAAGGGUGGCACCAAGGUGGUGAUCAAGGAUAAGGUGCUGGAGCUGCUGCUGUACUUCACCAGGCACGAGGACGAGGAGGUGCAGACUAAGGCCAUUAUCGGCUUGGGCUUUCUGUUCAUCCAGUACCCAGACCUGAUGUUCGCUCAGGAUGUGAAGAGCCUGUACAAUGGCAUCCUGUCUGAAAUCAGCUCCAUCAACCUCAAGAUCCAGGUGCUGAAGAAUCUGCAAACGUACCUGCAGGAGGAGGACACACGGAUGCAGGAGGCCGACCGCGAGUGGAAGAAGCUGUCGAAGCAGGAGGACCUGAAGGAGAUGGGGGACAUCUCAUCGGGCAUGAGCAGCUCCAUCAUGCAGCUGUACCUGAAGCAGGUGUUGGAGGCCUUCUUCCACACGCAGUCCAGUGUGCGCCAUUUCGCCCUCAACGUCAUCGCUCUCACGCUGAACCAGGGCCUCAUCCACCCUGUGCAGGUGUGUCCCCACCUGAUCGCCAUGGGAACAGACCCGGAACCCACCAUGAGGAAUAAGGCCGACCAACAGCUCGUGGAAAUCGACAAAAAGUACACAGGCUUCAUCCAUAUGAAGGCCGUGGCAGGAAUGAAGAUGAGCUACCAGGUCCAGCGGGCCAUCUGGCCGUCUCGGAACAUGGUGAUCCGCGGCUUCCGGCCGGACGAGACGCACUCGGCGCUGUGCUCGCACCUCUUCAGUAUGGUGCGGGGGAACCGACAGCACCGGCGCGCCUUCCUCAUCUCACUGCUCAACCUGUUUGACGACAGCGCCAAGACGGAGGUCAACAUGCUGCUGUUCAUCGCAGACAACCUGGCCUGCUUCCCCUUCCAGUCCCAGGAGGAACCGCUCUUCAUCAUGCACCACAUCGACAUCACGCUGUCCGUGUCGGGGAGCAACCUGCUGCAGUCCUUUAAGGAGUCCCUGCAGAAGGAGAUAAAGAGCCAGGAGAAGCCUCGAGAGAUGCCCCAGAAGGACGGCUCAGAGGAGGACGAGGACAACGGGCCGAGCAGCGGGAACAACAGCAGCGAUGAAGAUGAGGUGGUGCGACGCUCCAAGAAGCCCAAGCAGGCGGUGGUGGCCGUGGACUCCGACUCAGACCUGGAUUCCGACUUGGAGAUAGAGGACGUGGACAGAGUGAUGCAGCGGCUGCCCAGCAACCCCGGGCCCCUGCUGGACUUCGCUAACGCCUCUCAGGGCAUCCUGCUGCUCCUGGUCCUCAAACAGCACCUGAAGAGCCUCUAUGGCUUCUCAGACAGUAAAAUCCAGAAAUAUUCCCCGACUGAGUCAGCCAAGGUGUACGACAAGGCGGUGAACAGGAAGGCCAAUGUGCACUUCAGCCCCCGGCAGACGCUAGAAUUCCUGUCCAACAACAUGUACAAAGCAGACCUCAGUUAUGAAACCAAGAGGAAGAUCGUCAGGCAGUACCUGGAUUUCAAGCUGCUGAUGGAGCACCUGGACCCAGACGAGGAGGACGAAGAGGGUGAAGCUUCGGCCAGCGCUAACGCCCGCAACAAAGCCAUCACGGCAUUACUGGGCGGCUCCAGCCCCAAGAACAACACUGCCAUCGGUGACACGGAGGACGACGAAAGCGACGGCGAGGACAGGACGCCCGGGUCUUCCCGGAAAGCCAGACGAGGCAUAGACUCUGCCGAGGCAUCCGGUCACAUGAACGAGACGGUGGAAGCCAUGGACGUCAUCGCCAUCUGUUGCCCCAAGUACAAGGACCGGCCGCAGAUCGCGAGGGUCAUCCAGAAGACCAGCAAUGGCUACAGCGUGCACUGGAUGGCCGGGUCUUACUCAGGCGCCUGGGCCGAGGCCAAGAAACGGGACGGACGCAAACUGGUGCCUUGGGUGGACACCAUCAAGGAGUCGGACAUCAUUUACAAGAAGAUCUCCUUGACUAGCUCGCACAAGCUGACUAACAAGGUGGUGCAGAUUUUACGAUCGCUGUACGCGGCCAAGGAGGGGACUUCCAGCUAAUGAACCCAAAACGUCAGCC